UCUGGCCUGCAUUUAGUUUUUUUUACAUGAACCUCUGUGCUCGAAACCGGGCAUUCUGGCCUGCAUUUAGUUUUUUUUACAUGAACCUCUAUGAUAUUAAUUAAAUAAACAAAUUAGGGCAAUUUAUAACAUUAUGCACAUUAUGCAUGAAAACAAUUCUUAAAAUGAAAAUAUCGAUUGGGAUGCAAGCUCAAUUUCUAAAGGCACUCUAACAUUAUGCACAAACUAUUAACACUCAAAGUUUGCAUUAUUAGUAGUGAUUAAUUCAUGACUGCGCCUGCUUUUUAAGUUUUGACAUAUUAGCAGAAAAUAGCGAGCUGACAGUCCCAAAAGCCAGGAAGAAGGGGGUCAUUAAUGAACGAAAAUGAAUAAAUGAUCAUCAGUAACAGAAUAGUGUGCAAAGGUAUCGCCUUGGCACAUGACAUCAUGCAACGACUGCGUUGCGGUGGCUUGAAUCUCGCUGUCUAUCCGAUGUCCGACCUGCUGUCCAGCCCGCCGUCCGGCCCUUUUCUUGUAGACACAAUUGGCAAUUGGAUAACGAGUUAUCAUGCGGGAUUUUUGGGAAAACAAAGCCCGGCAAGAAUGAAGACUGUGUGCUUAUUUUUAGUAAUACACUUCCCCUUAUGUUUUCCAGUUAGAAUGAAGUUAGACGGUGACAAUCCUCCAAUAACCAGCAAAAAUGCUUUUGGAGGCUCACAGGCCUUUAAUUAACAUUUAGUGCAAUGUAAUGACAGCUCAGGUUGCUGAUGUCCGCGGCUACUGGCCAGCCGCUGUCAGCAUCACGGGCGUCCGUGCAAAAGAGUCAAGUAGUCAAGUUUCUUUAAAUUCUUUCUGCAACACCACAAUAAACUGUAACUGUAUCUAUUUCUCAAUAUAUACAAUCAGGGAUGUGUUGACUUAAAUCUACUAGAGCUCUCCUACACCUACUUGGUAAAUACUGAAGUUGCAUUCUUGACUGUCAGUCGGGUUCACAGAAAUGAAUACAUAAGUGAAACAAGCUCUUGUUUUUGUUGUAUGGAUAAUUUAGUUGAGUUUGAAGCACCUGCCAUCCAAGUGAAUUUUGAAGCGCAGUUACACUUAGCAUGGUCAUUCUGUGUUUAGUUCAUUCUUGUGAUGCGUUCGGUAAAAGGAUACAUCCAUGAAGUGAUAGGCGGGGGUGAGAUGAAAGAAUGCCAAAAAAACUCAUUUCUCACGUUGUGUACAAGCAAGAAGGUUGGGAGUGUCGCAGCGGUAGUGGAGGAUCCUUUGGAAGUGAAUUUGCUUUUGACAAGGGCGUUCCACGGGUCCCAGCUCUUUGGCCGUGGGCGUUUAUAAAUAGUAAAGGUUAAUUAGGUAGCUGGGAAACUGGAUCGGGGCGGCCAGUUUGAAUUUGAUCCCCGGACAGGUAACUCAAGUGAAGCCCAUUGUCGGUGCUGCAGGGCCUAUAUAAGCCACCUGGGCGGACGGCAGCCACCACUCGGCCCAACCUCCUCGCCCUGCUGCUCUGCUGCUGCUGCUGCAUCGACAACCGGCCCGCCCGACUCCUCACCAGGUAAAGAACAUGUCGCUGUCAUCGAUCCUUUCUGCCGACGCCAUCGCCAGUGCGAUCAAGGACUGUCAAGCGCCAGAGUCCUUCUGCCCCAAGAAGUUCUUUCAGGUGUGCGGCCUGGCCAAGAAGAGCCCCCAAGAUGUGAAGAAGGUCUUCGGCAUCCUGGACAACGACGGAAGCGGCUACAUCGAGGAGGAGGAGCUCAAGUUUUUCCUCCAGAGGUUUUCUCCUGCCGCCCGGCUCUUGACGGAGAAGGAGACUAAGUCUUUCCUGAGCGCCGCCGAUGACGACAACGACGGCCGUAUUGGAGUUGAUGAGUUCCAAGCGAUGGUCCUGUCCUAAACACGAGGAGCCCUUUUCUCAGGUGUCCUUCAUUUUACACGGCGUCAAGAAUUUCCUUCAUUUAGCACCAUCAUCGUUUUUUUCCUUCGCUUUUGCCGUCAUGAUAUAAAUAAUGCCCAAAUAAAUGUCAAGGUCAUCUCAUACGCCCAUACAAAUAAACAUGUGAAAACCACA